AUGUUAGAAACAGAUGAAUCAGUAACCCAGACUAAUGAUGGCGUUGUAAAUGAGACUCCUUCUUUGGUAAGGCAGGAAAAGAAGCUGGUGAAUAGUGAUAAUACAGAAGUUCAGUUCCCUAGUGGCUCAAAGUAUGUUGGUUCUAUAAGAAACGGACAAUUGAAUGGCUACGGAAAAUACUAUUACUUCCCAAGUGGAGAUAUCUACGAAGGGGAGUGGGAAUCUGAUAUGAAGCAUGGAAAAGGUACCUACACCUAUGCAAGCGGUGAUCGCUACGAAGGUGAGUGGUAUCGAGGAAAAAAACACAACCGUGGAACAUAUUUAUUUGCUAAUGGUGACAAGUAUGUUGGCUUUUGGAAAGAUGACAAAAUUCAUGGAUACGGUGUCUUUACCAUAAAGAAUAGUGGUAAUAGGUAUGAAGGGUUCUGGGAAGAAGCUUAUCGUCAUGGUCACGGGGUACUUUACAACAGUAAUGGAGAUAUUUAUGAUGGAGAGUGGGUUAGAGGUAAAGAAGGAGGAUUUGGUAUUUUCAUUCAAUCUAGUGGUAAUAUUUACUGCGGAGAUUGGAAGAAUGGUGAAAUGGAUGGGAAAGGGGUGUUAAAAGAACACCGCAUCUUGUUCGCAGUUGAUUUCAUCCAAGGUUAUGCCGUUACACGAGUACCGAUACCAGAAGGGACCAAACCACCACCAGAAUGGCUGAAGGCGUAUGACUUUUACAUGACCUACACUGGGAAUCACUUCAAGUAUGGAGACAGAAGUGCAGAAGAUAUGGAUGAGUUGCGUCAUGCAUUAGAAAAAAUGAAGCUUGAGAGUGCCUUGUGGAAGAAGCGCUACGAUAAUCUACUCAGUAAGUCCUUAGAGACAAGAAAAGAUGUACAAGUCUCUUUUCCAAGUGUAGAAAACCAUAACUCUGUGUCAGAGGCCCUAAAGGAAACGAACCAUGUCACUGAAGUAGAGGAAAGUAACACAGCAAAGAUGGUUUCUCAGAUAGAUCAUAUGGAAACACCUCAUGCGAAUGCACACAGUGUAGUGGAAGAUGGACAGAAUGUAGAAUGUGAAACAGAAAAUAAGCCCCUUAAAGAAUCAAAAGACCCCAAUUUGGGCACAGUUAUGAAUGGGAAGGAUGGUAAAAAAGAACUAAGGUGGGAUUCCUUAUCUUUAGAACCACUACGGUCUGAGAUUGUGAAACUACGACAGCAUAACAUUGAACUCAUGCGGAAUAAUGAAGAACUUGAGAAGGAUAAAGUACAUAUAACAGCAGAGAAGGAUGAUUUGGUACGGGAACUCACUUCUUAUACUGACAGGGUAGAAGAUCUGGAAAGACGAUUCAAUGAGGCUGUAUCUAUGGAGUUAGCUGCGUCAAGAGAGGUUAUGGAGCUUCGUGCUCGUAUACAAGAGGUGGAAGGGGCACUGGCUGAGAAAAGUAACCCUAUAAGUGUAAAUACUGAUACUCAGGAUCAACAUCAACGUGUUGAGGAUAUGGAAAGAAAGCUUGAAGAGGUUAAUAGGGCAAAUGCUGAGUUGCAGCUUUAUUCUGAUGCACUUAAGAAGGAGGCAAAUCGUUAUCGUGAUCAAUAUCGAGCCCUAGUUAAUCAGAGAUCUUCUGGUAAUGAUACUGAUGCACUAACACAACUUCAGAUGGAUCUUGAGAGAGUUGAGGGUCAGUUAAGAACCGCCGAAGAGAAUGCACGAACGCAACAGAUCGAACUUGAUUCUUGUAAGAGUCACUGUAUGGAUUUAGAAUCUUCAUUACUCGUAAUGACUCGACAGAAAAUCAGUGACCCAAAGUUACUACUUGCUUUGGAUAGAAAGAUUGAUCUUCUUCGAGGGUUACAAGAAAAAAAUGCUGAACUAUCACGUAUAUUAGAAGAGACUAAAGUGGAACUAGAGAUCUCUAAGAAGCAAGCCAUGGUAAAUCAGAAUACAAAACACAUGGUUGAGUCUUCUGAAGCAAAGAUUCAAGAUGAACUUAAGCAGGUUGUUAAAGAGUUAAAGAAGGAACAGAAAAAGUACAAGAGAGCUCAAACUGAUCGUGAAGCUCUAGCAGUUGACCUAUAUGAAGAACAGGUAAAGCACGCAAGGGCAGAGCGUGUUCUUCAAAGUUUACAAGGGUGUUUCACAGUAAUGGCUCGAAUUCAAAACUGUAAAGAAGGUACUGCAAACCCUUGUGUACACGUGAAUGAAAUGGAUUAUUCACAGGUUCUUCUUAACAGUAGUGGUGAGUCACAAUCAUUCCAAUUUGAUGUUUGCUUUGAUGAUAAGACCUCUUGGGAUGCUAUUUUUAGCGAGAUUCGACGACCUAUAACUAUUGUUAAGAUGGGAUUUCAUGUAUCAUACGUAACUCUU